ACAAUUUAUUAUCAACACCUUUGUGCAAAUAUCAAUUUUGAAUUUUAUCACAAAACAUUAAUUAAUGUUUUGUUCGAAAUUUCUUACGGUGGCAACGUCGCGCUCAAUCGGCUGCGUGCGAGCACGAUGAAAAAUAUCAACACAUGUAUUUUAUUUAUAAUAAUUGGUAGUUUCAAUCACAUAAUAGGGACUCAUGCGAAAAACGAAACGGACCUUACAGAAGAAUAUUUAGAACAAGAAGCUCAAAGAGAUCUAGAGCAAUUGUUAGCUAAAAUAAAUUCUCGUCGAAAUAACUCAGAUGUUAAUGAUGAUCAUGACGAUGAUAAUAAAACUACACAAAGAGAAAUUGACAAAGAAAUUGAUGAAAAAGUGCAACUUAUGAAAACCCGCAGGAUUCUUCCUGGUCACUCUGCAGCUAAUACUGAGGACCAGGAUCGCUUUUACAAAAUAAUGCAUACAUUAGCUUCAUCUCGAGGUAAUACGAAAUUAAAUUUAAAAUAUGAUGAUAAAUCUCUUGGCGAUUCAUUUCGUAAAAGUUUUAUGAAUAUAAAACCUGAGAUAUCUCCUGCACAAAGUUUAUCUGAUGGAAGAGAUGAUCAAGAGGAAACUUUUUUAGAAGUUGAUAACGUUGGAAAUACAUUCCAAAAUCAUGAUCCUUUAAGAACUAGAUCCUACCUACCUUUAUCAGCAAAUUUGGAAAAAUUUAGUGAAUUGUUGCACCGAUUCAACAAAAAUGGUCAGAAACAUGUGAGAACUAAACCAGGAAAACAAGAAUCCGGUACUGAUGAUAUUCACAUACCCUAUUUACGUAGCAAUCCUCUAAUGAACAAGAUAGAAAAACAAGUUUUGGAUGCAAUAAAUAAUGAUUUUAAUGAAAAAAAACGCAAAAGAACUAAGGUUACAGUUCUGCGAACGGAUGUAAGUGAUGAAACUAUGUAUGCAGACAUUAACGACGAAAUUGAUGAAUUCGUAAAUCAUUUUAAUGAUGAUAAAAAUGACAGGAAUAACCAGCGAACUGCCACUUAUAGAGAUUAUCAAGAUGUACAGCUUGACGAUGGAAAGCGAACGAGAAGAGCCGCACGAACACAAGCAGGGUACACUCAAGACCCUGACACUUGCAAAACUUACAAUGAAAACCUCGUAAAACUCUGGUCAAAUCUGUCAAAAUACCUUAAUGUCACUGAACAACCCGACGAACUUGCCCUGCAUAACAUAGCAAUGAUGGUACAAGCAUACCUAGAACAUCACACACAACAAUCACCAGAAACACCUAAAUCAAAAUACGAAGGACCUAGAGACAAAGUAACCGAAAUUAUACUUAGAAUUAGGAAAACGCUCGAAGACUCUCAAGCCAGUGAGGCUAAAAUAGUCAAAAUAAUAAAAAAAUACGCAAAACCAUUUUACGGAGACAUUGAAAAUGAAGAUUGUCAACUGGUCAAUGAAGAAUAUUUGCAAAUUUCAGUUGGUUUGUUAUUUAAAAAUUAUCAGAACAAUCUCGAAUGUUCCGGCGAUGACAACGAGAGUAUAGCAAUAAAUAAAAGAUUGAUUUUACGAAACACAAAAAAUAAAUCCCUGAAACGAUCCAAAAGUGGGCUCGUACUAAUAUCUGACGAUGACUAUUUUAAUCCAGACAAAGAUAUAUAUCUUGAUAGUGAGGUCUUUAAAGAUUUUCAAAAGGAAAAAACACCAAGAAAGAGAUCUAGUCAAAACAGACGAGUGUCCCGACGAAACAGAAACCCAAAGCGUCAAGCCCCAGCACGGAGAAGUGGAAUUGAAAACGAAAAGUUUAAAACUCUAAAAUCAUUUAAAGGUAAAUCAUCUAGAUCAAGAUCUAGAAAUAACAAUCUCAGAUCUGAUGGAACGAAAAGUAGAUGUGAAAAAAUUGCGAUUCGCAAACUGACAAGCUUAUUGCGACCUGUGAUAGAAAGAUUUACGUCGCUACAAGAAUGUCAAAUUGACAACACGUUGAGAUCUGAUUAUCAACAUCCGAAUUCGCGUUCCCCGCUCUACUUGUACGCUUCCAAAUAUUUAUCGGAUGACAAUGGCAAUGAAGAAAAUUACUUCCUUAAGAAACCUUUACCCAUAGAUAAAUUGACUAGAAAAAAUACAGAACGUAGUAGAGCAAUCGAGUCAUCUAAAACAGAAGAAAGACAGAAAUCUACACAAGAACUUGUAAAAGAGGAUUUUGUACGUGAUGAUGGCGACACUUGGAUUAGGAAACAAUCCAACUCAAACCUAAAGCUCAGUAACACAGAUCGAACAUCGGAGACUACUUCUGGUAAUCUUGAUACAAACAAUGAUCUCCAGUCGGUAACCUUUUACGAUGAUUACGACGCUUUAUUGAAACCACCACCAUUACAUGCCAACAGUCCACUCAGUUCUAUAAUCGACAUAAAGAAAAUUAUCGAUAGGGUAAACAAUAAAACUUCACACACAAAAGACAAAGAAAAGAAAGAUGUUUACGUUAGACAAAGAAAACUUGUAACUUCUACUUUCAAACCUUUGCGAAAUAACGAAGGUUAUGAUGGAAUUGAUUAUGACUAUUAUAAUGACAGCGUAACUCAUAGUACUGAAAGUGCUGAUGAACCGUUUCAAGAUCAUACCAGACUCAGAACUUCUGAUAAAGUGGUCCAAGAAAAAAAGAAUACACAUACAUAUGAAAGUCUUUCAGAGUUCAUUAAAAAGGCUCGCGACAUUUCAUUGCAAACACCAGAAGUUACCAUGCCUUUUGCAUUAGAUAAUAAUAAAGGGUAUGUAGAACUCACUUAUCUAGUAAAAUAUCCAAGAAUGCUUAUUUACCGUCCACAGUUUCUAUUGAAAAACGUAAUACCAUAUGACGCCUAUGUUAAAACAGCUAAUAGUAUCAAUAUGAGUAAUAACGACGUACGCUUGAUGAAAAUUGUUAGACAUUUGCCGGACAAAUCUGCUAAAGUACUAUUCGAAACUGAAGAUUAUGAGGAGCCAUUAGAGAUUCGUAACGUUAAUGAAAAUUUGAAUAACAGGAGGACUGUUUGGACUAGAAAUGAUAUACUUGAGAACAACAAACGUCCACCUCCUUCUAUUUUAAGUGAUAUAGGUUCAAUUAUUGACAAACUUCGUAAUCGUACUAUACAAAAUGAGUUAAUUAAGAAUAAUGAAAAUGAUGAAUUAUUCUCAUCUGACACUCAGACAGGGACUAUAUUUACGACUCCUAAACCAAAUGUACAACAGGACACAUCACCUUCAGGUUGCAAAUUAAUAACAACUAAAACUGACUUAAACGACACUGAUAUUCUAUCGGUAGAGUCUAUAAACACCAGGUUUUCGGAGACAGAUUCAGAAUCAUCACAAGAAUUUUCUGAUGAUCCAUUCUAUCUUCCAACACUAGCAAACUUUUAUAGAGCACACACAUCUACUACUAAACCUAAACAUGAUUCAGCUUCAUUCAUUGCCAAGAAUGUUUGGAAUAAUUUGAGGAAAAUAAUACAAAGUGAAGUGCAGAAAAUUGUGGGAAAUACAUCGACUGUUAGUAGCAACAUUGACGAAUUGAUGGAUUGAUGUUCGAGUGGUACCUAGCCUCUCCACAACGCACUCAUUACUCCAACAAAACAUCGAAACUGGUACAGAGGUAAUAGUAAAAUGUAUUAGGAACGUGAAGAUGUAUGGAUGGUUAAAAAGAUCAAAUAAAUAAAC